AUGAAUAACAAGACUUUGAAUUUGAACACGAGUCCGCCGCGGGUCGGCGGCUCCGGGACUGUGGAUCAUGAACUCGUUAUCACCUCUACUUUCGGGACGCUUCUCUCUGUUGUCUACAUAAUCGGAGUAUCGGGGAACGUGUACACGCUGGUGGUGAUGUGUCACUCCAUCCGCUUCGCCACUUCUAUGUACAUCUCCAUCAUCAACCUGGCUCUGGCGGACCUCCUCUACCUCUCCACCAUUCCCUUCGUGGUGUCCACUUACUUCCUAAAGGACUGGUACUUCGGGGACGUGGGCUGCCGCAUCCUUCUCAGCCUGGACCUCCUCACCAUGCACGCCAGCAUCUUUACCCUCACUGUCAUGUGCACGGAGCGCUACCUGGCCGUCACCAAGCCGCUGGACACGGUGAGACGCUCCAAGAGUUACCGCAAAGCUCUGGCGUGGGGUGUGUGGCUGCUGUCUCUGGUGCUCACUGUGCCCAUGAUGAUAAUGGUCGCCCAGACCACUAAGAACACUCCGGAUGGGGGUGUUAAAAGGAUGUGCGCACCCACAUGGGCGCCCCUGGCUUAUAAAGUAUACGUGACUGUCCUGUUUGGCACCAGCAUCAUGGCCCCGGGGCUCAUUAUCGGCUACCUGUAUGUCAAGUUGGCUCGCACUUAUUUAGAGUCCCAGCGAAACUCUGUGAUCAGCAAAGGCGGCAAGAGGUCACCAAAACAGAAAGUGCUGAUCAUGAUUUUCACCAUCGUGCUGGUGUUUUGGGCGUGUUUCCUGCCGUUCUGGAUCUGGCAGCUGCUGCCUCUGUACCACACCAAGCCGCUGAGCCUGGCUUCACAGACACACACCUGCAUCAACUACCUGGUGGCGAGUCUCACGUAUAGCAACAGCUGCAUUAACCCUUUCCUGUACACGUUGCUCACCAAGAACUACAGAGAGUACCUGAAGAACAGGCACAGAAGCUUCUACAGGUACACCUCCUCCUUUAAGCAGCGGCCGCCCAGCCUCUACUCAUGGGGGAAGUCUGCGUCCUCCAGCAAUCAGUUCGAGUUCAACUCCGAGACGCUGGUCAUGGGGACACUGAAGUGA